AGUAGGCAGUCGCUAUCCAGGGACCAAUCGCUCCACAUGAACAGCUCUAGAAGCCUAGUAUUGUGAGAUCCAACCCCGACUUCAAUAUUUCAGAAUUGACCAAAAGCAGAGAUUGCAGUGUAAUUCAAAACCACUAGAAACGGAAUAUAGGCAACAUUUUCAAAGAGCUAUCAACUUUUAGCCCACUGGAUGUAGGCUACCUGGGGACAAUGUAGAGCGCGUUUUUUUUUUGUCAGUGUGGGUUGGAACAGGUGAAUUGCAAGUAGCGACAAUAUCAAGGACCACCAAGAACAACAAAGAUUCACAACAGUCAGACAUCUGAAGGUUCUGCUGAAUUCCAUGGAUCGGACACUCAAGAGGCUUCAUCUCCAUCUGCUCCCGACCGCUGUCACUUUCUGGUCUCUCCCCUUCUCUAUGGCUGCCAGCGUGACCCCAGGGGGGUGUGGCUCCAAUGUAGGCUCCCUGUACUAUAGCCUGUGUGACCUCAGUGCCGCAUGGGGCAUCGUACUGGAGUCAUUCGCGGCGGCCGGCGUGGUGGGUUCCAUCAUCCUCCUCAUCGUCCUCCUGGCCAGCCUACCCUUCAUCACAGACAAGAACAAGAGGAGCUCCGUGGGGCUCCAUGCCUGCUUCCUGAUCUGUACCCUGGGCCUCUUCUGCCUCACUUUCUCCUUCAUCGUAGGGAAGGACUUCGCCACCUGUGCCUCGCGGCGCUUCCUCUUCGGGGUGCUGUUUGCCGGGUGCUUCACGUGUCUUCUCAUGCAGUGUGUGAGGCUGAACCUCCUGGCCCGCAGGGGGGAUCAGGGGCCCCGGGCCUGGGUUCUGUGUCUGGGAGCCCUGGGGCUCUGGCUGGUGGAGGUGGUCAUCAACACAGAGUGGCUGAUCAUUACCAUUGUUCGCUACCCACUGUCACCGCUCAACGUUACAGGGACAGCACUAGGCAUGGCCGCCGACGUGCCCUGUAACAUCGCCAACCAGGACUUUGUAAUGGCGCUGAUCUACGUACUGAAUCUUCUCCUAGCUGUCGUAGUGGCAUCCUUACCGUCCCUGUGCGGGAAACACAAGCAGAGACGCCAGGAGGGAGCCUUUCUCCUCGUCACAGGUCUCCUCUCUGUGUUCAUCUGGGUGGCCUGGAUCACCAUGUACGCCUGGGGGAACCUGAUGACGGGUGGACCCAGCUGGGAUGACCCUACCCUGGCCAUCGCCCUGGUCUGCAAUGCCUGGGUGUUCCUGGUCCUCUACACCAUCCCAGAGAUCUGCUCUCUGACUCAGGAGGACGGGGGGGCGCCGGGGUUCGGAGAGGACCUGUACCCCAGUAGAGGGGUGGGCUACGAGACCAUCCUGAAGGAUCAAGGAGCCCAGAAUAUGUUUAUGGAGAACAAGGCUUUCUCUAUGGAUGAGAACGCAGAUCCGAAGAUUGUGUCCCCAUACAGCGGCUACAGUGGUCAGCUCCGCAGUUCUGUCUACCAGCCCACAGAGCUAGCUAUCAUUAGCAAGGGAAUGGGGAAUCAGGAAAUGUCCUACGAGUCUCGCAUCCCCCGAGCCUCCAUCAACAACAGCUCCCCGGCCCACAGAGGGGGCAGUACCCUGUCAGUAUGCACCGACGAGGCCUCAGACACACAGACACAACAGGGCCACAGUGGUAAUGGACUGCACAAGAAAUCCCAGUGGUGAACACAGACUUUACGUUACACCUCUCUCCUCGAGACAUUUUUGUUCAUCCAUUUUAUUCAAAUCUGUUGACUCUAUUUUGCUGUUGUCCAUUGGAUUCUUAAUAUGAGCUGGCUCUAAAGCGACCAGCCUAUCAGACUCCAGAGGUGACGUUUGGGUGAUCGAUACAAACAAUUUGCCUAUCUAUAAAUGGACAGUCCUGCACAGCAAAAUCAAUGGUGUACAUUUAACUCUGAAAGUGUUAAAUGUACACUAUUUUCAGUGAACAUAUGAGUCCCACUGAACUGGUGUUAAUAUAACACUUUUGAAACUGCUAAAGAUUGAACUCUGUUGCAGUGUUCCCCAUUCAACUCUUAAACUGUUCAUAGGAACUUGAUUGUGGUGUUUGCAUAGCUCUACUGUAGAGUAAUACGCAACACCUACAGAGUAAAACGUAACACUUGACUAAUUUGCUUAUUUCCCAGAGUGCCUUAUCUUUUCAAGUGAAUUGUAGAGUUACCACCCAUGACUGUAUUUGUUAACGAUAGAGACAUGGUUACUGAAUUCUUUCAUUUAAAAGGCCUGUAGCUUUCACCUACUGAGUAUCUAAAACUAUGACUCUAUGAUAGUACAUGUAUCAUGACCUAGUUUCAUCCUAACACAGAGGUGUUAAGAAAGUCAUGGUUUGCACACCAAGGCAGGCCUGCAAAUGACAUUAUGCUGGCUCUCGAAGUGAUGUGUAAUUCCUAUUGAAAUCCAGCCAGAGUUAGGAUAUCCUACAGUUAAAAUUGUUAUUCACUUGCAACCUGCAUUCAGAAUGAUUGUCAGGGUUCUUCUUCUUUUGCAAAUUGAUAAGACUACCUAAACCAUUUAAACUGAAACUUUAGUAACAGGUGCAAUAAAUUUAACUUAGUGAUUGGAUUAGUUUAGAAAAAUGUAUGUUAUUUAUCUUUGUGUAGUUUAAGAUUAAUCAAUCAAUGUACAUGUAAAAACACAGACAUUAAAAGCAAUUCAAAAAAAUCUACCUGCAGUAGAGCAUGCAGGGAAAUAUGAUAAUGAUUAGCGUGCUUUUGAUGGGACUGUUUUAAUCUCCACAGUGUAAAACAAUAACUAUGCUUAUUAACACUAACACUUGGGGAUAUUUUACCCAACUGAGUGUUACUUUCACUCUUACAGAGUGAAUUCAUCUCCUGAAUAAACACAAGAAAUGUUACACUGAAAAAUCAA